AUGCCGACUCGCACAGAGCGACAACUUGAGGAAGAUGCACUCACACAAGCAUUCCUUGUUAGCUUCCUUGCUCAGUUAGAGGCUGAUAUGCGCCUUGGUGACUUCGAGCUCACAGAUUUUGAUGAGGAAUACAACCCUGGCUCUUCUUCCCCGUCUUCUUCCUCGUCUUCCUCAUCCUCUUCAUCAGAUUGUCGCUUCUGGGGAUCUACUGCUUCUUCAUCCUCUUCUUCAUCUUCAUCCUCAUCCUCCUCUUCCUCCGAUGAUGAAGCCGAGCAGUAUCUACAGUCUAUCGCGGCUCUUUAUUCACAGCACUACUAUAACGAGAGGGGUACUAUACCAAAAACACGAGAGAAUAUGCGCCUUCUUCUCAAAGAAUGGAAGAUCCAGCGUCCCGAAAUAUUCCGUUCUUAUCUUCGAGUUACACCAGACUGCUUCGAUGCACUCGUCAAUGCCAUCAAAGACGAUCCUGCCUUCCACAACAACUCGAAUCAGGUACAGAUGCCUGUUGAAGAGCAACUUGCAAUUGCAUUGUACCGUUUUGGGCAUUAUGGCAAUGCUGCAAGUACCAUGAAGGUCGCUCUUUGGUUUGGGGUAGGAUAUGGCACUGUACGGAAGGCAACAACAAGGGUGAUGCUGGCGCUGAACUCGGAAGCCUUUCGUAACUCGACUGUGCAGUGGUCAAAUCAGGAAGCAAAGGAGAAGGCGAAGGAGUGGGUCGGUGACAGAUCAUGCCCAGCGUGGCGGGAUGGAUGGUGUAUGGUGGAUGGUACUCUGGUACCUCUAUACCAACGACCUGCUUUCUUUGGAAACACAUGGUUUGACCGCAAGCAUAACUAUUCAAUGACAGUCCAGGUCGUUUCUACACCUGAUUGUCUCAUUAUCGACUUUUGUACAGGCCUGCCUGGUAGCCAGCAUGAUGCUACAGCAUGGCGUGAUACACGGCUCUACCAGCAACACCGACUCUUAUUAAAGGAUGGUGAAUGGGUAUGGGCAGACUCGGCAUACCCUUUGGCUGAUUGGACUCAAUCACCAUACAAAUCGUAUGUUCCCGUUGUGAAGUAG